GAGCCUUGGUGAUGACUGAUGACGGGCGGCGGGAGUCCUCCGUCUAUAGCCAGGGUGUAAACAUGGCCGACAGCGCCAGCGAGAGCGACUCGUCCUCCGUGACUGACGGGCCCACCAUGCAGCCCCCGUCCAUGCCGCCGUCCCCCAUCACAAGGGAGCAGUGGCAGAAGAGGAUAGACUGCCUGCAGCAACAAAACCGCGUCCUCAGGGCCGAGCUGGAGACCUACAAACUCCGCGUGAAGAGCCUGCACGAGGAGAACAGGGCGUUGCGGCAGGCGUCUGUCAAUAUUCAAGCCAGAGCUGAGCAAGAGGAGGAGUUUAUUAGCAACACUUUAUUGAAGAAGAUUCAAGCUCUCAAAAAAGAAAAGGAAACUCUGGCUCUUAAUUACGAGCAGGAAGAGGAGUGUUUGACAAAUGAUCUGUCUCGCAAACUCAGUCAACUGCGGCAAGAAAAAGUGGAGCUGGAGCAAACACUUGAACAGGAACAGGAGUGCCUUGUUAACAAGUUGAUGCGCAAGAUAGAAAAGCUGGAAACAGAAACGGCAGCAAAACAAAAUGACCUAGAAACCCUAAGGAGAGAAAAGAUUGAAUUAGAGAAUACAUUAGAACAGGAGCAAGAAGCACUAGUCAAUAAACUAUGGAAGAGGAUGGACAAAUUAGAGGCUGAAAAAAGGAUGCUGCAGGGCAAACUUGAACAGCCGAUCUCCAAUCCCCCAUCUCCAGCAGAUUUCAAUCAAGGUGACCGUGCAAACAAUUUGUCUUCUCAUAUACAGCACUUGCGGGAUGAAGUAUCUAGGUUUAGGGAGCAACUCACCAGUGCCCAGGAAGAGCACAAUCGCACAACCCAACAAUAUGCAAAUGAGGAGCGCUUAAUUCGUGAAGAAAAUCUGCGUCUCCAAAGAAAGUUGCAAAUGGAAGUUGAGCGACGAGAAGCCUUAUGUCGACACCUCUCUGAGUCUGAGUCAAGCCUGGAAAUGGAGGAGGAGAGGCACUACAAUGAAAUCACCUCCCAUCGUCACCGAACACUCUCCAGCCCAGUGCCGUAUAACCCCUCUCCUAGCUCCUCACGUCCUCUGUCACCAGGUCUUUCAAGUUACAGUGGUGGACGUGACUUGUUCUCCCCACCAAGUCCUAUGGGUCGGUGCCCCCACUGUGGCCAGGUGAUCAUCCACCAUCCUCCGCCCUCUGUUCCUCCACCUAACUACUUGCCAUCAGCAUCCCCUCCCCCUCCACCUGUAAUAUCUCCUGCAUUCCAGAGGCAUGGCACUCGCACUUCUCAAGAACGAUUUGUGAAACCCAUUGCUCCUCCUCCAAGUAGCUCUGCUUUGUUGGCUACUCCAGCCUCCCACCACACAUCAUCUAGUACAUCUGGAUCAGCCUCCAGCUCAACACCUCCCCACCCCCCGCCUCCUCCAGUUCCAGCCCCUCAACUACCUUCUUCUCCCCACCCUGUUGCUCCACCUUCCCCAAUGGAUGUGAGUCGUAAUUGAUGAAGAACAGCAUGGAUUCUUGGUGAAAAAUCUGAUAUAUCACCUUUAGAAAGGUUGCUAGUAAGCUUAAUAUCCUGAUAGAAUUGGGAAAUUAUUUUUUCUUGCUUGUGGAGAUAAUGUUGUGACUAUUGUGAUAGAAAAAAUACUGAUAACAGUGAAAAGGGGCAACUCUGGACAUUUUUGGUAGUGUGGACAACUGUACAGUGAAUGAUGUAUGUCACAGCUGUCCUUGGGCAAUUCAGUUAUUAAAACAUAUGCAUAUUAAGUUCAUAGAAAAUGUCUAAGCUAAAUGUGAUACUUAUGUGAGAUACUGACAUAAGGAAAUGUUAAUAGAAUAAAUUGAAGCUGUGUUAGUAUAAGAAACAAUGUCAGUGAAGUGGACUGUUUCUGUCUUCCUCUGUCAGUCUGUACAUCAAUUUCCUUGUCUGUCAUUCUGUCUAGCAGUCAGUCUGUAUCACUGCCUUAGUCACUUUGUCUGGUUCAUCUGCCAGCAUCUCUUUUAAGACACUUAAUGUCAAUCUAUAUCAGUGAGUAAGUCUGUCUGUUUCUUUCAUUCAUUGUCUGUUUCAGUUAUUUUCAUUCUGUCUGUCUGAAUGUCUUUCUGUCUGUCUGUCUGUAUUUUGUGUCUGUCCAUCUUUAUCUCUUUCUCCCUCUAAAAUUGUGAUAUCAAGCCUGCUUGUUGUUGGACCACUGUAUGUCAGUGUCUUUAGAAUUUAGUGCCGACUCAAUUCCUUUAGAUGAGAUACACUAAUACAUAUUCAACCUGAUUGUAGCACAGAUUAUUUUCUUCUACACUAUUUGAAACUGCAAUCAACCAGUUUAUGCACAACUGUUCCAUUUGAAAAUGCAGGUAAUAAUUACAUUAUAGGAUAAUUUGGUCAUAGUAUUUUAUUGUUACCCAUUGUUUUGGAUGAUACCUAAGUAGGUCUCAAAAGUUUACAAGAAUGAAGUGGAAAUUGUUUUUGUAUAAUUGAAAAUAAGCACACAGUUGCUGUUAUAGAUUGGAAAAAGCUAUGACAAAGAUUCACUACACAGAUAAAGCUGAUUUAUCCACACAAUAAUCAUCGUAACUGUGUGGGUGAUCAAACUUUCAAAUAAAAUAUGGAUUGGUAAGUAUGUGGCAUUUAUAAUAUGGUCAAAAGUAUUUCUUGACCAUACUUGCUGUACUAACUGUUUAAUGACUUAUAUCACUGUGGCUAAUAUACAUCACCAGCACUAAUGCAUUACCUGUAUUCAACAUAGAUUGUUAUUUGCUUGUAAAUAGUUGUGGCAGCUUGAAAAUUACAUGGGUGCUGGAAGCAGGGUAAUACACAGAUGCUAUUUUUAUUAUCCAUAGGUUGUAGGUGCAAGAAGCUGGCAGGGUCAUUAAUAUUAUGAUAUUUAAUGUGUCAUAUAUCUUUGGAUUUUGGCAUCAGUGAAUCUGAGCUGCACUCCAAAUAAGCACCAUGUCCUCCUUGGGUAGCUUCACAAAAUAAAUUAUCAUGUUCUCUUGAAUAGCUUGAUCUUAAUGUAACCACUACAUUUUGAGUGAAAUUUCAGUAAACUGCUAUUGAAAAAAAAAUAGUUCAUCAUGCUCUUUUAAUGAUAUUAACAAGUCUUUAUCACUCUGUAUUAUACCGCAUUGCUAUGACAGCCUAAUACUUGUCAGGAGCCAUCAUGAAUGCAUGCAUGUUGUAUCUGAAUAUAUUAACAUUAUUAGGAAAUUCUUAAUGGAUAUGAAGUAUGAAUCAAAUCUCCAGUUCAAUCAGAACUCUCAUCUGGGCAAGUACUACAAGUUUUCAGCAUUUAAGGCAUUUGAGACUGAUACGAUGUAGUAACCACUAAAUGCCUUACCAAUGAUUCUGCUGUGCAAGAUCCUGAAUAUGCUAACCUUUUCAAAAGUAUUUGAGUGGAAAACUAAUACCCCACAACAGUGGCAUAGCUAGGGAUCUACAUAAUUUUAUGAGAAGGGCCAAGUAUCCAUACAGUUACUUAUUACAUAACUUCCCUCAGAAUUUCAUAUUGAGGUGCCAGUUGUGGGCCCAACUUUUCUUAGCCUCACUGUAGCUAUGCCACUACCCCACCAUGAACAUAAUCAUUUAUGUGUAAGAAAAACAUGUUGACUUAAUAUCAAUGUUUAAGAUACUGUUUCAUUUCCUUGGGCAGCACAUUAUUUUUUUAAUGUGGAUAAAGCAACUUUAUCUGUAUUAUAGAAUAAAUAAUAGCUAAUCAGAAUUGUGCAUAUGUUAAUUUGCAAAAAUGUAAUGAUAAUUAUGAUGUAUAUAGAUUGAGGGAUGCAUAUUGUCAUUUCUUGUUUGCUUUAUUAUUUACUUUGAGAGUUUGCUAACUGGCUUUGCCUUUGUGCUCUGACUGUCAAAACCAUUCAUAUGCAACACUGAAACCCCUUUUCUUAAUAGCAAAGCACAUAAACCUUUAGGCAUUUUUGAUGUGAGGCUUGAGUUGAAUACCUUCCUGGGGAUACCUAUUGAGUAUAAUGAUAGUGGUGCUUACUUCUAGAAUAUUAAAAGUGUAUUGAAAUUUUAUAUUCAGUGAGUUACAUAACUUCCUCAUGGGAAAAUUUAUAUUGAAGCAAUAAAUUUAUUCAACACUACAUAAA